AUGAAAUAUUUGGAUAAAUUGUGGCAUUUUGCAUUAAUAAGUAUCAGUGGUCUUUUUUCUGUAACAUUCAGUAUUGUCUAUACAUAUGUUGCCGAUGUUACUGAUGAAAAUUCUCGAAGUACUGCUUAUGGUUUAGUAACAGCAACAUUUGCAGCAUCAUUAAUAACAAGUCCAGCUAUUGGUGCAUAUUUAGCAAGACUUUAUAGUGAAAAUGUUAUUAUUGCACUUAGUACAUUAGUUGCUAUAUUAGAUUUAUUAUUUAUUUAUUUUUGUGUACCUGAAUCAUUACCAGAACGAUUACGAACGAAUCAAAAACUAUCAUGGAAUAAAAUCGAUCCAUUUGGUGCUCUUCGAAAUAUUACUCAUGAUCGUUUUAUUUAUCUUAUUUGUCUUAUUGUACUUUUAUCGUAUCUUCCUGAAGCUGGACAGUAUUCAUGUUUUUUUGUUUAUUUACGAUUAAUGCUCGGCUUUUCCGAAGAUGAAGUAGCUUAUUUCAUUGCAUUCAUUGGAGUUCUUUCAUGUAUUGCACAGACUCUUAUAUUGGCAUGUUUACAAAGAUAUUUUGGUGCAAAAGAAACUAUUAUGGUUGGAUUAUUUUUUCAAAUAGUUCAAUUAGCAGCAUUUGGAAUUGCUACUUCAAAUUCAAUAAUGUGGUUUGCUGGUGGUUUAGCUGCUUUAUCAUCAGUAACAUAUCCAUCAAUUAGUGCAUU